AGGGAUAUACCCUGUCUAUUAUUUCCAGGAGGGGCCAUGGCGUAGAUGGAGAGUCCUAGAGUAUUUAAUGCUCAUUUUGAGCUACGCAGACCCAAUUAGAGCCCGCGCUCUACUAGACAACUCCCGGCAACAUCCAACGGCCCACACAGUGUGCCAUCUUCCCAAUUUCCCUCACAUGGCUUGGGUUAACCCGGGGCUAUGGUAACAUUCACUCGCCCAUGUUGAAUCGCCGUCAAGAGGAAUCGAACCCCGGUCUCCCGCACAGAGUACGAGAGCUAUAACCACUAAUCUACGGCGCCAUGAGUCGUUUUUAUAGUAGUAGCAGUAAAUGGAUUAAAUGGAAAUGGAUUAAACCUAAUUUAUUAUAUGUUGAUGAUGUUUCGUUCUGGCUGGCGAAAGAAAUCAGAUCAAGAAAAGAUACAUAUUUUUAGGCAAGAUUUCAAAUGGAUAUUGAAACAUAUGGUUAUAACACAACAGAAAAAUGAUUCUGGUUUGGGAAGUUUAUCGUAAAAAAGGAAGCUCGGAAAGUUAACAGGUGAAGGAGAUGUAGCACACAAAACAAUAUCAUGCCCAGAGUUCUGAAGUCUAAGUUUGCAAGGACUCACAAAAAGAUCCUUGUGAUGAUAAAUAAGUUAGUUUAACACAAUUUAAAAAAACCAAGAUUCACUAUGAGCACUGUAGUCAAUAAUGAUGAUGCUGAAAUCUCUUCAUCAGUCCAGUCACGGUCAAGUCAAGGAAAAACAAGUAGCCUUCACACAUCCCCAAAUGUGUUCUGUCGGCAAAGCAGCAUUACUUCAAAUAAUUCAGUGGGGACAUUUCCAGUCAAUAAGCAAGAAAGUACAAAGCUCAUCAAAACCAAAACAGAUUUACUAGUUUUAAUAUCUAUGGCAUUACUUUAUUUUGUUGGAACAUGUGCAUUUUCUAUGAUAGCUCCAUUCUUCGCCCCUGAGGCUUUAAAAAAAGGAUCUGAUGGAACAAUUACUGGCCUUAUUUUUGCUGUCUAUCCAUUAGUAGUUUUUGUCGUUUCUCCAUUUAUUGGCAAAUUGCUACCACUAAUUGGUCCUAAAUUUUGUCUUAUUGCUGGAUGUUUCAUAGAAGGUGGAAGUGAAGUUUUAUUUGGCUUUGUUUCAGAGUUGGAAUCUGGAAUAAUAUUUAUCAGCUUCUGCUUUAUUAUUCGCAUUGUAACAGCGUUGGGCUCUGCAUGCUCCCAAACAGCCAUUCUUGCAAUUGUGAGCAUUACAUUUAAAGAUAACAUGUCAACUAUGUUUGGCAUUUUGGAACUUUUUUCUGGUCUUGGAUUUACGGCAGGCCCGGCUUUGGGAGGGUUUUUAUACAAGGUUGGAGGAUUCAAACUACCAUUCAUUGUUCUCGGAAGUUGUGUGCUUCUUGUACUUUUUUUUGUCAUGCUUAUAUUACCAGGAAGCCAUGCAUACAGAAAUGAAGAGCCAAAUGAAACUCAGCAAACUGGUUCCUUGAAAAAGGUUUUGCUUAUUCCUGGAGUUCUAAUGAUAGGUAUCAAUGCUGUUAUAGGAGGGAUGGUUUUGUCAUUUCUUGAUCCAACACUUACUAAUCAUUUGGAAGAUAUAACAAAUAAUGGUUUAUCUAGUGAAAAAAUUGGUCUUGUAUUUUUAAUACCGUCAGUGUUGUAUACCAUAAGCGCACCACUCCUAGGUAUGGUCACCGAUAAAAUGUUUUCAGGGAGGUAUGCAAUAAUUCUGGGAAAUGUUAUAUGUUGCGUGAGUUAUCUCUUUCUCGGGCCAUCACCACUACUGGACUCAUUUGUCAGCUCUAAACUCUGGGUAGUGUGUGUGGCUUUAGGUGUGAUGGGGAUUGCAAUCGCUCCCUUGGUUGUACCAAUUUUAGCUGACAUGCAAAAAAGCGCAACAAAUGCCGGCCUUCCAGCUAAUUUCGCGACAACAAGUAUUAUAUCUGGUAUUUUUAAUAGCGUAUUUAGUAUAGGAAGCGUUAUUGGUCCAACUUUAGGAGGGGCUUUAACUGACCACAUGUCCUUCUCAUGGGCUUCAACUAUAUUUAGUUUUGUUUUACUUGGCGAGGCGGUGAUUUUGACCCUGUUCACGAUAUGGGAGUCACAUUCCAAAUGGUCUGGAAAAAAGACUCGUGGUUACGAAUCUUUUACCCAGUGUUGAAAAAGUAUUUCUCUUUAAUGUAUGCACAUAACAAACAGUUUAAAAAUGAAAACGUUUAGUAUGGAUAUUUCUUGUUACGCGUUUGUUUCCUAUUGUUGUUGUUGUUAGUUUGAAGUUAGCAUUCUGAUUUCGUUGCAAAUUUUUUACUUCAAAGUCAUUUUAUUGUAAUAAAAAUUAUAUUUGUCGUCAUCUUACUUUGUACUGGUAUCUGGUAGAGUUGGGCUUUAUAUUUUAGCGAAAAUAUUUCAAUAAAAUAUUUAAAUAUUUUCAUAGGAUGUUCACACUUCAGUACUAAAACUUUACCGUAUUAACGUGUGUCCUGUGUCUUCAACAAAAUAAACUUUUAAUGAAUUUACUCAUUAUACAGACAUCAUGUGAAAGUUAUUUUAAUAUAUUUCGUCAUAUUUAUUGCUUUUUAUACUUGUUAAAAAUUCUAGUAUAAACUUUUUUGAUUUGAUUGUUUACGUUUGUUUACUUUCUCCAAAUAUUUCUUAUAAUUUUUUAUUUUGGAAAAUUUGAAUUUUUUUUUUUUGCAAUAUACACACACAUGCUAAAAAAGCCGAUCGAAUUUACGAUUGGGAGAAACCAGCCACCCUUAUUAAGAGAUCCGGAAAGUAGCCUAGCCUAUAAAAAACCAUAGUCACAAGGCACUGCAGCAAGCUGGCUCCGCUCACGUAUCGAGGUCGUGUUCCGGGAUUUUCUCGUUUCCAGUCUGAAUUAAAAUGUUUGGCGGCAAAAUUCAACAUUUGUUUGUUGACAUCACAACAUUACUUUGCUAGCUUCAAACGCAAUGUAAUGCAUAGGGAAAAUUGUUAAUUGUUCUUUUUUGCUGAUUUUGUUAUUUUUAACAUAUAUUUCUUUCGAAAUAUUGUAGAUGGAACCUAGUGUUUAAUGCGCAAGGUUUUUAAAAGUGAAAUCGUCACGGACCUUUAUUUUUUAGCUGCCAUAAUUAACCCUGGGUAAAAUUAUACAGGAAACUGUUUCGUUAACUAAAUAAGUUAAAUAAGUUGGUCAGCUAUUUUCAUUCAUUUUUUUUAUAACCAGAUAUAAAAAUAUGUUGAAAAAUAAAAAUACUUCUUUAUUCACGAAAUAGAUGACUUUAUGAGCCAAAUAAUGUUGUUUUUAAAAACGUAGCUAUAAAAAUAGCUGUUUUUAUGUUGUUGUUUUUUUUAAUGACCUUGUCCCAAACUUCAUCUUUUUUUCUUCAAUAACGUACGGAAUGAUUUAAAUUUUACUUUAUGAAAGCUGUUGUUUUUCUUUGGCAUGAAAAGGUGUUGACAAGUACAAAGAGCAUAAGAAGGCCCCCCAACAAGUUGAGUUAUUUUCGUACUUACGUACUUUUAAAAGAUUUGCCAAAACCCUGGAUUUCUCAAUAAAUUGGCAACCAUAUCCUUGCUGUAAU